AUGGCAUCAAACAAGGACAGCAAAGGCAAAGCCCGUGAGGAGACCAGCUUCCAGCUUGGUUUUUCAGCAUCGAACGCAGGACCCCUCCAGGAGCAGGGCAAGGCUUCUGGGGAACGCUGCGGCAAAUCCUACGGUCCAGAAUCGUUUAAAAUUCCCAAUGCGGCCGAGGAAACUCGGCUCACCGAGGCCGCGAAAGUUUCCGCCGAGAAGCGCCAGCACGUCACCGAGAAGAUCUCCAAGGAAUAUAGGAAGAGUUGA